UUCUCUCCUCACUUUUUAGAUUUCACGUACUCUCUCUCUCUCUCUCUCUCUCUUGUCUCCUCUUCCAUAGAUCUACUGUUCUUGCAAUCUUUCUACAUCUCGUAAUCUCUCUCUGAUACGUACAUAUUCUCGCAGUGUCUUUAUCUAGGGUUUUUCGGAUCGGUGUUGGGGAGCGUGAAUUGUAGGUAGAGAUAAUGGCUACUCAGUACGCUGCUCCAGUCACUGCUACUCAGGUUGGUUCGUAUUUUGUUCAGCAGUAUUAUCAGGUGUUUCAACAACAAAGGGAUUUUAUGCAUCAGUUUUACAAUGAAGCCAGCUCUAUGGUCAGAGUGGAUGGGGUAACCAGCCAAUCUGCGUCUGAAAUGGUGGAAAUUCAUCAAAUGAUCACAUCAUUAAAUUUCACCGGAAUUGAGAUCAAGACUAUAAAUUCUCUUGAUUCAUGGAAUAGAGGUGUUCUCGUGGUUGUUUCUGGUUCUGUCAAGUCAAGGGAUUUCAGUGGUUGGAGGAAGUUUGUGCAGACUUUCUUCCUUGCACCUCAGGAGAAGGGUUAUUUUGUAUUGAAUGAUAUUUUUCACUUGCUUGAUGAGGAAGCUCCCGAUCAACUUCCACCUUCAGCAGUACUGGAACAGGAACAUGAUUAUCAACCAGCUAUUUCUACUCAUCAUCCGGAGCUGCCAGGUUCUGACUAUGCUUUAGAGGAGGAGGCUGGGGUAUAUGUGGAUUCUGUACACAUUGAAGGAGAUGUGCCAGUGGAAGAGUAUAGUUUUCAAGAGUAUCAGGAGGAGCAGGAUCCUGAGGCUGAAAGAGUGGAAGAGGAUGCUCCUUUGGAAGACACAAAUCCCUUACUUCAAAGUGAGGCGGAAACUGUGCAAGAACCUGUGCGUGCCAUAGAGGAACCUGUUGAAGAGCCUCCUAUGCCGACUUAUGCUUCUAUUUUGCGUGCCAAGGGAAAACUGGCACCAUCAGUCAGUUCUAGGCCAUCUUUCACUCAAAGCACACCGCCUGCUUCAGAUUGGAACCAUGCAUCACAGCCCUCACUUCAGCAGUACCCUGUGACAUCUGUUGUAGUAGAUACUGAUGUGGAUGCAGUGGAUGAAAGUUCUCCUCAACUGGAAGGGGAAUCAAAAUCUGUGUAUGUGAGGAACUUGCCACCUACAGUUACUAGUGUGGAUAUUGUGCAAGAGUUUAGGACUUUUGGGAAAAUCAAGCACGAUGGGGUCUUCUUAAGAAAUCGCAAGGAUGCUGAUGUUUGCUAUGCCUUUGUUGAGUUUGAAGACGUGCAGAGCGUUCAGAAUGCAAUCAAGGCUUCUCCAAUUCAGUUGGCAGGAAAGCAAGUGUACAUUGAGGAGAGAAGACCAAACACCGGAAGUACAUCAGGAAGUACUUCACGAGGAAGAGGAAGAGGCAGAGGCGGCCGUUUUGGUGGAAGGACUCUCGGGAGGGGAGGAGAUCAAAAUGCUAGAGACAACAACAGAUCAAAGAUCAAUGGUUUCCGUGGUAUAUGAUGAGAAAACAAUGGUCAUGAAUACGAAAAGCUAGCCUCCUUAUGCAGCUAUAACUUAGGUCUUGAUGGAAGAGGCCAAAGCUUCUGGAUUUUACCAUGAAACUUCUAUUGAAGAACAUUUUGUUACGAGUGAUUUUCUUCCCCUUUUAAUUCCCUCUUGGUAGUUCUUUAGUUUUUCCAAUUUAAGAGCAUAUUUUGUAAUUUGGAGCAAAGUUAUUAAUUUGAAAUAUUUGUGUGGGUGAUCCACAAGGAAACAUGAAGCCACAGGGAUUAUAUUUCUGGCAUUUUGAAUAUGUUAACGUGGAGAAAAUAUUGUUUGAUUA